UUUAUCUCCUUCUUCUGAUGCCCCGCCCACCGUGCUCCGCCUCCCGGUCGGUGGCCGUUGACGUUCUCCGACGGCGCUCAGCUGAAGGGGCUGCCGGCGAAUGCUGAGCAGGCUGGCGGAUUCAGGCUCCGCCUCCUCCUCCUGUGAUUGGCCGCUUGACGGGGACUGAGGCCAAAUGGAACCAAUGUCCAACAAACAGGACAGCAACUCAUCAGAGGGAGAUGAGAAAGGGUGGCCGGAUGUGCCCAAGAGGAAGCGGAAGAACAGCCAGUGUUCAGUGAAGAGCAUGUCUGCUCUUAGCCUCUCUGUUCGGUACAUCCCCAGUUACCUGGAGAAGGAUGAGCCAUGUGUGGUGUGUGGAGACAAGGCCACUGGGUACCACUACCGCUGCAUCACCUGUGAAGGCUGUAAGGGUUUCUUCCGUAGAACCAUCCAGAAGAACCUCCACCCGUCUUACUCCUGUAAAUACGACAGCUGCUGCAUCAUCGACAAAAUCACCCGUAACCAGUGUCAGCUGUGUCGCUUUAAGAAGUGCAUCUCAGUGGGCAUGGCCAUGGACUUGGUGUUGGACGACAACAAGCGAGUGGCCAAGCGUCGUCUGAUCGAGGAGAACCGAGAGAAGAGGAAGAGGGAGGAGAUGGUGCGGACGCUCCAGGUCCGACCGGAACCCGACAGCGCCGAGUGGGACCUGAUCCGCCUGGUGACCGAGGCCCACCGCCACACCAACGCCCAGGGCUCCAGCUGGAAACAGAAACGCAAGUUCAUGCCCGAUGACAUCGGACAGGGUCCUAUGAUGCCCACUUCAGACGGAGACAAGGUGGACUUGGAGGCCUUCAGUGAGUUCACCAAGAUCAUGACCCCCGCCAUCACGCGAGUCGUCGACUUUGCCAAGAAACUGCCCAUGUUCUCAGAGCUGCCUUGUGAAGAUCAGAUCAUCUUGCUGAAAGGCUGCUGCAUGGAAAUCAUGUCGCUGAGGGCCGCCGUCCGCUACGAUCCAGAGAGCGAAACGCUGACGCUCAGCGGUGAGAUGGCGGUGAAGCGCGAGCAGCUGAAAAACGGCGGCUUGGGCGUGGUGUCGGACGCCAUCUUUGACCUGGGCAAGAGCCUGGCCCAGUUCAACCUGGACGACUCAGAAGUGGCGCUGAUGCAGGCCGUGCUGCUCAUGAGCUCAGACCGUUCGGGGCUGAACAGCGUGGAGAAGAUCGAGCAGUGCCAGGAGGCCUACCUGCUGGCCUUCGAACACUACAUCAACUACAGAAAGCACAACAUUCCGCACUUCUGGCCCAAACUGCUGAUGAAGGUGACGGACCUGCGCAUGAUCGGAGCCUGCCACGCCAGCCGCUUCCUGCACAUGAAGGUGGAGUGUCCCAACGAACUGUUCCCCCCGCUGUUCCUGGAGGUGUUCGAGGACCAGGAGGUUUAAACAAAGGAGGAGAAGAAGAAGAGCAGACAU